AUGAACAGUUUAGACGCGUUCCUGGGCCUGGUGAGGCGUUGUCCUGGCGCUGCGAGGCGUCGGCCAAGCGGAGAACGAGGCGGCUUAAUGCCCCCUGCCCGUGACGCGCUUUGCUUGAUCACGAUAUCGGCCCGUUCCUUGUACUUGAGAACGGGGGGCCACUCGGGUGCCCCUCCUUGCCCCUCCCCCGGUACCCUCCGGGCUCCUCUUGUUCCCAAAAGUGAUAGUCCACCAGUUGAUUAUACGACGACCCGAACAACUCUAGGCUACCCCGAAUCAAGACCUGCUAGCGCCGAGACACUCUUGGAACACCCGUGGCGUACGAUGGCCAGUCAGAGGCUCCAGACUGGCCUGAGACGUCUACCCCGGGCAGAGGCUGCGCAAGGCUGGGGCCAGGAACCUCCUCAUCUGGAGGCCCGAAAGUCUAUACGCCUCGUAGGCUGGGCACUCUGGGCCUGGAUGUUGCUCGGAUCUGAGCAUGGGGACGGCAGGCGACACAAAUUGGCGGCCAGGGACUUCUGCAACGUCCGCAACGUCUGGGACAUGGGACUAGGGGGAAUAGUUCACGUGAACCCUUGUUGA